AUGUCUUCAGAAGAGCCCUUACCAUUAUAUACACAAAAUCCAAGUGAUUCAUCAAGUGUUGAGAUUGAAAAUGAAUCACCACCACCAUCGUAUUUAGAACCACCAAUUAGUGACGUACCAAUUUUUUUCCAAAAAGCUCCUCUGAAUGGUUGGUCCAUUAUUUUCAAUACAAGAUAUUAUAGAGAUGGUUGUAUAUUUGUUGGUAAAGAUUCUAUUUUUAAAUAUGAAUAUUAUAGAAGAAAUGGCAUUGAUGAUGAAAUAAAACAAUUACAUAUGCAAGGAAUUGGAAUACCAUUAUUUAAAGUUGAAGUUGAUACUAAAACUUCAUUUGAUUCAAAAUUAGUUUUAUUUAAAGUUUAUACACCAAAACCACAUACUUCCUUUAACAUUGAAACUAAUUAUCAUAACUUUUGUAAUGUUAGAAAAGCUAAAAAUGCUGGUUUUACAUCAUUUAUUUUCAACUUUACACCACACGUUUAUAGAAGAAGUGAAGAUUUUCAAGUUGUUUUACUUUCACAUUCAAGAAUUCCUAUUCAUGAUUACGUAUAUAAUGAUAAAAAGUAUAGAUGGAUUGAUGAAAGUGUAAUGCCGUUUUUCAACAAUUUAAAUCAAGUAAGAUAUGGUUUUAAACAUACAAAAUUAUUACCUGAUCAAGAAUCUUUAUGUGAUAAUUGGAAUGGUAGAUAUGAAAAUUUUUUUUUAAAAAACAAAUGCUUUGCUUCAUUUUUCUUUAAAUCAAAUAAUCAUUCAAGUAUUGUUAAGGAGGAAUAUUAUGGAACAGAACCUACUGAGAUAUUCGGUCAAGCUGCUUCUUCGUUCAAAUUAGGUAAGUUAGGUUUAGCAGAAUUGAGAAUUGAUGAUACAUCUAAUGAAUAUUUUGAUUAUAUCACAAAUACAAAUUCUUAUGCAACUUAUGAUAGUAUAUCUUCAUUGAAUCAAGAAGCUUUAGUUAAAAUAUGUAUUGCUACUAUUAUAAAAAUGGAAAAAGAUAUAAUUAUUGAUAUAUCUAGAAAGCAAGUAAUCAAAGGUCCUGUUGCUCUGAGUCUGAAAAGAAAGUAA